AUGCCUGCUGCCAAGGGCACAUUUGGGACCGUCUGCUCUGCUGCAUCGUCUCCGGGCGAGACCCAGGCCGAGACCAAGGCCAAGACCGUCAUGGGCCGCGGGCGCUAUGCCCUGGUGGCGGGGCUGCUGCUGGUGCUGAGCGUCGAGAGGGCCCUCGUUUCCUGUGAAAUCACACGCGUCCGGCCGCGGUCACCGUCGCCAAACGCCCCCUGUGCUCUGCCGCCAGGUACCUUCUGCGGGAAAAGCAGGAGCCCGGCCUGCGCCCCCUGCCCCCCCCACAGCUUCUCCCGCUCCCCCGGGCAGGAGGCCUGCCAGCCGUGCCGGCGCUGCGAAGGUGUUUUCAGGACGAAGAGGCCGUGCUCCCCCACCAGCGACGCCGAGUGCGAGUGCGGGCCGGGGCUCCGCUGCCGCGGGCCCGGGUGCGCCCAGUGCGAGCCGGACUGCGGGCCCGGCCGGGAGCCGGCGGCCCACGGCUGCAGAGACUGUGACCCGGGGACAUUCAACGACCAGAAACUGGGCACCUGCCGACCGUGGACGGACUGCGCCCGGGACGGGAAGGCCGUGCUGGUGAACGGGACGAAGGAGAGGGACGCGGUGUGCGGGCCGCGCCCGGCGGGCGUCUCCCCCGGGGCCCCCUCCGCCCCCGCGCCCACCCCCGAGCCAGCGCCAGAGCCAGGGCCCCGGCCGCCCCUCAGCAUCUUCCUGCUGGCGCUGGCCGGGGCCGCCGCGCUGGCCCUGGUGCUGCUGCUGGUGCUGCGGUUCUCGGAGGCCGAGCAGGGCCGGCGGAAGCUCCUGUCCCUCCUCAAGCAGCCGUUCCUGAAGCCGGUGCGGACAGCCCAGGAGGAGGAUGGCUGCAGCUGCGGGUUCCCCGAGGAGGAGGAAGGAGAGGAGGGUCAGCUGUGAGCAGAAACCCCAGGAGCAGCUGGGACGCGACUGAGAAGAAACAGAGGAGAAACAGGAGUGGUCCCACCGUCGCACCUUUCUCUACUGAAAAUGCGGACCCACACAAUCCCGGGUUCCCCCCAACAAGUCCCUUAAACUGUACCCCUUUCCUCCGAGGACGGCCAGGGCUGGUGGCUCAGGGCAUCUUC